GAAGGAUCCUCAGUUCAGUUGUUCUCUGGACUCCGGGCUCUCCACUCAGACAUGGGCUGAGGACUCUCGGAUCCACAUGUUGAGAGCAAACCGGACUUCGCGGAUGAUUUUUUGAUGAGAAGUUCACAAGCGCGCCGCCGUCGACCGUCAUUCCAGCUGCACAUAUCUGACAGGAGUCAUGAAUAACUGACGCUCCCGUUAGGACCUCUCGUUUUUUGGGACAGUCUCUGUGUGUUGUUAUGUGGUCUAAUUGUGCGGUUAUGUAACUCUAAGUGCUUUCCGUGGUAAGAAACCGCGAGUCUAUCGGUUUCGCUCAUGCUCCGGUGCAUGACUGCGCGCGCCCGCUCCCCCGCGCCUGUGCUCUGCACCGGGAAUCUGCACAGAAUCUGCCCGACCGGACCCGUGUGUCUCCUUGCGCCGUGAUAUGGCUGCGGCGAUCGCCAGUUCGCUCAUUCGACAGAAACGCCAGGCGCGCGAGUCCAACAGUGAACGAGCGGCGACCGGAAAGCGCCGCUCCAGCCCCGGUAAAGAGCCCACCGGCCGGGGCUCACUGUGCGAGCGGCACCUGUUCGGACUCUUCGGCAAAGUCCGGUUUUGCAGUGGGAAAAAGCGACCCGUGCGGAGGAAACCAGAGCCUCAACUGAAGGGGAUCGUGACCAGGCUCUUCAGUGAGCAGGGAUUUUACUUGACGAUGCAGCCGGACGGAACCAUCAGCGGGACCAAAGAUGAAAACAGCGACUACACGCUGUUUAAUCUGAUCCCGGUGGGUUUGCGGGUCGUGGCGAUUCAGGGUGUGAAAGCUGGACUCUACGUGGCCAUGAACGGAGAGGGUUUUCUGUUCUCUUCGGAGACCUUCACAGCGGAGUGUAAGUUUAAGGAGAGUGUGUUUGAGAAUUAUUACGUGAUCUACUCGUCGACACUUUACCGGCAGCACGAGAGCGGACGCGCCUGGUUCCUCGGACUCAAUAAAGAGGGAAUCAUCAUGAAGGGAAACCGGGUCAAGAAAACUAAACCGUGCUCACACUUCGUACCCAGACCCAUUGAAGUGUGUAUGUAUAAAGAGCCGUCGCUGCAUGAUAUUGACGAAAAGCAGCGGUCCAGGAAAAACUCAGGAACUCCCACUAUGAGCACCAGGAAAGAGUUGAACCAGGACUCUACCGAUCAUGAAGGCUCAUAGCCACACACGCACACACACACAAACACACUGAUCUGUAAAUGUACACACAAACACACACUCUGACACACACACACAUACACACACACAUGACCCCUGGAGCUGAAUGCUUUCUUACACCCGAACAAACAACAGCAACUUCAGCAUCGACAAACAUCAAACAAAAAUAUUAAUGAAGUAACGUGAACAACGAAUUAAAAAGCUGAAUUCUUGCCUGUUCAAAAUGUGAGUAUCCGAAAAAAAAAGAAAAAUCAGGACAUGAUUUUACAUUUUAUGCAAAGUCUGGCAAGAGUCUGUUCGUGAAGGGUGUUUCUUUCGGGAGUCUGAGCUUUAAGCCAUGUUCGAUGAUCACACGUUGAUUUAUGAAUGCCAAAAGCACUUUCACGCACCGCUAUACGUCGCUCACUUCAUUAAUAUCGAAUGUCCUCAUCGAUUGUGUCCUUUUUUAUUCUGUUUGGGAUGGGGGGAGGGGCUUGUGAAUAAUUCUGCUCUCUGAUUGGCUGAAGGGGUCAGGUACUGCUCUGCUGAUAGGCUCUGAUAGUCACGUGGCCUGACUGCAAACAGAAUCUUCUUCAUCUCAUUCCACUGUAUGAAAACUGACGUCAUCUUUUACAAUAUCUGUAGCAUAUUUACUAUUCCCUCAUACUCUACAUUUACGACCCUCGAAUGAAAUUCUGGAUUGCUACUGUACCUUUAAGACUUCUAUAUGUGAAUGAACUGUUAUGAUCGGUUAAAGGGAUAGUUCAACCAAAGGUUUAAGUUCUGUCAUCAUUUACUCAGCCUUAUUUUUCUUAAGCUGAGCACAAAAGAAGAUAUUUUGAAGAAUGUUGGCAACCAUAGUGUUUGCUUUGCCUACUAUGGAAGUCAAUGGCUACAGGUUCCUUAUUUUUUGGAGCAUGCGAAAAAAAAAAUUCAGGACAUGGUUUCAUGGUUCAUGUGACGUGGAGGCGCAUGCUUAAGGGUGUUUCUUUUGAGAGUUUUAAAAGUAUUUUGGGAGUUUUAAGAGCCUUUUGGGACUUUUACGAGUCUUUAAAGAGUCUUUUGGGAGUUUUAGGUGUCUUUGGGAGUUGUAGGAGUCCUUUAGGAGUUUUAGGAGCUUUUCUGGACUUUCAGGAGUCUUUUUAGAAUCCGUUUGGAGUCAUUUGGCAGUUUUAGGAGUUUUUGGGAGUUUUGAAAGCCUUUUGGGAGUUUUAAGAGCCUUUUGGGACUUUUUAAAGAGUCUUUUGGGAGUUUUAGGUGUAUUUCAGAGUUGUAGGAGUCCUUUAGGAGUUUUAGGAGCCUUUUUGGACUUUUAGGAGUCUUUUUAGAAUCUGUUUGGAGUCAUUUGGCAGUUUUAGGGAGUUUUAUGAGUCUUUGGGGAGUUUUAGGAGACUUUGGGACUUGUAGGAGUCUUUUAGGAGACUUUUGAAAGUGUUGAGAUCCUUUCAGGACUUUUGUGAGUCUUUAAGGGUCUUUUGGAAGUUUUAAGAGCCUCUCUGGACUUUUGGGAGUCUUUAAGAGUCUUUUAGCAUUUGGCAGGUUUAGGAGUCUUUUGGGAGUGUAGGAGUCCUUUCGGAGAAUUUUGGGAGUUUUAAGAGCCUUCCAGGUCUUUUAGGAGUCUUUUAAGGUUUUUUUGGGGAGUUUUAACAGCCUCUCUGCACUUUCAGGAAUUUUUUAAGAGUCUUUUAGGAGUCAUUUGGCAGUUUUAGGAGUCUUUUGGGAGUUUCAGGAGUCUUUUAGGAGUUUUAGAAGACUUUUGGAGUUGUAGGAGUCUUUUGGGAGUUUUGAGAGCCUUUAAGGGUCUUUUGGGAGUUUUAAGAGCCUUUCUGGACUUUCAGGAGUCUUUAAAGAGUCUUUUUUGAAUUUCUUUCUUCUGUUGAGCACAAAAAAAAGAUAUUUUGAAGAGUGUUGGUAACCAUAGUGUUUGUUUUUUUUCCUACUACGGAAGUUAAUGGUGACAGGUUACUUCAAAACAUCUACUUUUCCGUAAAAAACAAUGCAUGAUUUUACAUUUUAUGCAAAGUCUGGCAAGAGUCUGUUCGCAUCACGUGGAGAUGCAGGAGUGAGGGUUUUUAGGAGUAUUUUCAGAGUCUUCUGCGAGUUCAGGAGUCUUUCGGGAGUCUUCAAAAUAUCUGCUUUUGUAUAAUACAAGCAAAGCUAAAUUCUUGCCUGUAAAAUUGUUUUAGGACUAUCUAAAAAAACAAAUCAGGACAUGAUUUUUCAUUUAAUGCAAAGUCUUGCAAGAGUCUGUUUGGAUCACGUGGAGAUGCAUGCAUGAGGGUAUUUCUUUUGGGAGUUUUAGGAGUCUUUUGGGAAGUUCAGGAGUGCUCAAAAUAUCUGCUUUUGUGUAAAACCAACAAAACUGAAUUUUUACCUGUGAAAAAAGUUUUAAGACUAUGAAAAAAUUGUUUGUUUAAACAUUAAACAAAAAACUCAUAAAGGUAUGUAACCUCUCAAGUGUGAGUAAAUAGUGAGUAAAGUACAUUUUUUGUGUGAACUAUCCCUUUAACAUCAGUCGCUGAUUGUGUGUUUAUGUAAAUAUGGGCGGUGAUAUGUUAAUCAGACGAUUUCUAGCGAGCCAAUGAACGGCAUAGCGAAUGUUUUGAGUAUUUUGCAACCCACAUCGAACUCUUAUUUCAAGGAAAUAACGCAAGGUGUCUUGAAUGUACCUCAAGCACGUGAUGUCAUAAAGACGAUGAUGUCGCAGGAAGUGGCGGAACCUCAGUAAACGGAAUGCCCUCAUUUCACCGCACGCCUCCUGUUUUUUGAAAUGGGAGAUCUGCAUUUUUUUAUCCUGCCAAAAGCACAGACUGCCCUCUGAGUAACCGAACUGGACUUAACCACUUUAAACCAGCACACGGUGUGUGCGCGCACGCACAUAUGUGUGUGUUUGCUGAGAAUAUACUGCCCCGGCUUUCCUUCACUCAGCGUUUUUUUAAUCACUACUCGACUGUGUUCGGAAGGAGGAAUACUAGCAUACUGCUCACUGCACAGUAUAUACUGAAUACUGCCUAUUAUUUACUGCCUUUCUUAAAUAAAAUAGUAUGUGAAACGGUGCACAUUUUAAUAGUAGUAUCACUGUGUUGCAUGGGUCAUCCGGCAGAUGUUAUACAUCUGUUAAAUAACGCUGUUUUGCAUGCUUAAUCCAAUUUUGUGUAAGACGUCCUGUCAAAUAAUAACAAUAAAGAUCAUUUUUCGCACUGUAAAUGAAAGGUUGAAUGCAUUGCAUUGUGGGAUAGCUGAGCAAUGACACUGUCGGGGUACAAAAACAAUUGAAUAUGUCUCAUUACUGAUGAAAUCACAGCAACACGAUUUAUUUUUCCUCGCUUAAGCUGCUUUGAGAGUGUAUAAAGUGCUUCAUAAAUAAAUGUAAAUGACUGCUCAGAUUUAGGUAAAUGUAGUUUCUCGUCCUGCAUACUGUGCAGAGUAUGCGUACUAUAUACUGCAGAAGGAGUGAGAUGUGCUAGUAUGCUAUUCUGAACGCAGCCACAUUCCCUGAUUCAGCAAAAUAAUAAGGAAGCUGUCGCUCGAUGUUUCUGAUUGGUCGCUUGAGCACAGGUUCCUUCCCCUUUAAAUGUGAUCUACCUGCUCAUUGGUUAGAUCAUCAGUAUAUACGGGCCAAUCAGCUGGGUUUAUGAGAAGUCUUCCAUUAGUGGAGCUGCACCAGCAACAGAGGGGGGUUGGGCGUCCAAGGUCAAGGAGAGAAAACAAGGGGUCGAGAAUAAAGAUGUCUGCCUGUAUUUCGUAGAGGAUGUUGCUAAUGAAAUGAUCUUCUGCCGACCCGGGAAGUUCUUUUGUGUUUGCUGAUGUUUGCACCUUAAUUCUGAACACGUUCAUGUUCAUUAUGUAAAGAGUUCUGAAUAAAGCAUUAAACCUGCCACAGGAGGAAAACAUCAUUUCAAAAUUAAAAAGAAAAAAGAUUAAACUCUG